UUUAACUGCUCACAGCUGGCAGAAGAACAAGUCAACUUCCCAACUCCUCCCCAACACAUAUGAAGCUAUAAAGGUUCCUGCAGCUCUUCCAUUAAAAAGGAAGAGGCAAGAACAUUGCAUGGAGGAAGCUUAAGGAACCCAGGCAUCCAGUCUUCUACCCAAGCUCAAAGUUCUUCCCAAAACAAGUCUUGGCCACAGCUGGGAUUCAGGCAUCUUACUUUCCAACAACGAGGCAGAUCAAGAUGCAGAAAGGAAAGACUUUUCUUAAGUAUUGGUUACUACUGCAUCUCCUACUUUUAGAAACUGGAGGCACGACAUCCACUGAACAUAACACAUCAGGCACGACGACAAACUCCAACACUAAAUCCAGCACAAUCUCUGGAGGAACCAUCACACCUGUCAACACUGGAUUCAGCACAACCUCUGGUGGAACAAAUAUAGUCUCCAGCCCUGGACCUAGUGUGAAUUCUAGUGGAACCAGUACAGCCUCCAGUACUGGAUCCAGCACAACCUCUGGAGGGACCAGCACAGCUGCCAAUACUGGAUCUGGCAGAACAUCUGGUGGGAUCAGCACAGGCUCCAACGGUGAAUCCAGUGUGACCUCCAGUGGCUCCAGCACAACCUCCAAUACUGAAUCUAGUACAGUCUCUGGAGGGACCAGCACAGGCUCCAACGGUGAAUCCAGUGUGACCUCCAGCGGCAGCACAACCUCCAAUACUGAAUCUAGUACAGUCUCUGGAGGGACCAGCACAGGCUCCAACGGUGAAUCCAGUGUGACCUCCAGCGGGUCCAGCACAACCUCCGAUACUCAAUCUAGUACAGCCUCUGGAGGGACCAACACAGGCUCCAACAGUGAAUCCAGUGUGACCUCCAGCGGGUCCAGCACAACCUCCAAUACUGAAUCAAGUACAAGUUCUGGAGGGACCAGCACAGGCUCCAACGGUGAAUCCAGUGUGACCUCCAGCGGGUCCAGCACAACCUCCAAUAUUGAAUCUAGCACAACCUCUGGAGGGACCAGCACUGGAUCUAGCACAACCUCUGGCCGGAUUAGUAUAGUCACCAAAACUGGACCCAGUGUAACCUCCAGUGUGUCCAGCACAACCACCGAUCCUAGAUCCACCCCAACCUCCAGAGGUAGUAGCACACCUAUGAACACUGGAUCCAGUGAAAGCUCAGGUGGGACCAGUAUAGCCUCCAGCACCAGAUCCAGUACAACUCUGGGUGGGACCAGCAUGCCUGCCAAUACUGGUCCUAGUACAACCUCCAGUGGGACCAUCAUAGUCUCUAGUAUUGGAUCCAGCACAACCUCCAGUGGGACCAGCACAGCUACCAACCCUGGAUCCAGUGUGAUCUCCAGCAGGACCAGUGUACCUUCCAACAGUGGAUCUAGUGUGACUUCCAGUGGGAGCAGCACAGCCGCCAACACUGCAUCCAGUGUAACCACAGGAGGCUCUAGCACACAUUCUCCAACUGGAACGAGUGCUACCACUCCAGUGAAUGAAGUGACACCCAGUGGGUCUCUGAAACCAUGGGAAAUCUUCCUCAUUACUCUGGUCUCGGUUGUAGUGGCUGUGGGAUUCUUUGCUGGGCUCUUCUUCUGUGUGAGAAAUUCCCUGUCCCUGAGAAACGUCUUUGACACAGCUGUCUACCGCCCCCAUGGCCCCAACCUUGGCACAGGCCCUGGAGGGAAUCACGGAGUCCACCACAGACGUAGCUGGAGCCCUAACUGGUUCUGGAGGAGACCAGUAUCCUCAAUAGCCAUGGAGGUGAGAAGGGGAUACAAUGGGCCCUGAAUGGCCCCUGAAGCCAGAGUGCCACCUUUUUGAAGGAGGAAGCCAACCUGGGAGACCAGAGACCUGAGUGUCCUUUCAUCUGUCCCCAGGAGUCCCCUCCCAGCUUUGUUUGGGUCUCUGACAGCCCUGAGGAAGACACUCCUUGUCUCCUGCUUUUACUAGACUGUGGAAAGAGGAGACUCUAUUGGUCAUUUAGCUAAGAAAUAAACACAUCCAAAAUAUAUAACAGAAUCUCUGUGUGCACAUGA